AGCCAGUAGUAUGAAAUGGUGCUAGUGUGGUCCAGCUAUAGCAAGCAAGUGGUUCACUUUAGCGUGUGUUGGUUAGCAGGAGUAGUUUGCUAGCAGCUAAGCUAGCUUUAGACACUGCCAACACAUCAGUGGCAAUGGCUUUAGGGUUUUGUCUUGGUGUGGCCUUAUUCCUGUAUGUGUGCAUACCUGCAAAAUCGGAUCACAUUCCUGAUGGAGUUCUUCAUAUGGAGUGUCAUGAGCGCUACUUCAUGAUAGCCGUUGCUGUCUCCUUCGCUGGAGAGGAACCUCGCUUUGAAGCUGUCGAUGGAACAGGCGUGUACCCCAUCACUCUGCAGUAUGCAGCUGAGUGUGGCUACAGUGUCAGUGUUCUCCCGCCACGGGGCCCUGUGGAGUUCAGAGCCUCUUACUUCAGCUGUCACACUGACAACAAAGAUGAUGAAAUGUUCACAUUCAACUUUAACCUGAUUGCAAACCAUGAAGGAAAAGAGGUCACCUAUGCCUUGAACAAGACCUGUUCUCCCUCUCUCCCCUGGUCUCCCAGAGAAGUUAGCUGUGAGGUCAACUACAUGGAAGUGGCUGUGAGGAGUGAGGUCACUUGUCCAUCUGGGACAAAGAGAGAGGACUGGAAUGCUGUUAGAACUGCACACAGCUCUACCACUUCAGACUGGCAGGUGAUGUUCCAGAGAGCAGAGGAGCAGUUGACGCCCUUGAGCCUAUCUGAAGCUCGUAAGCAGGGCUACGCAUUUGACCUGACAGAUGGAAGGCUUGUAUUUCGUACACCAUAUGGACAACCUGAGUCAUUCAGCACUGAGGUGAAUGGUGUUCCAGUAGAGGUGGUCCAUGCAACUCUGUUCUCCAGACAAAGCUGGGUUGUCCUUAUGGUUGACCUGGUGGCUGCUUGCUCUAUGCAUGACGGGUCAUAUGACGACAGAGGUUACAUUACGUGGGAGACUCCUGAGGUGUUGCACCCGCUGGUGUCUGGUCUGCACGAGACAAAGGUCAACAUCGGUGUCAAUGGUGAACUUGUGGCGCAGCCAGUUGCAGCGGAGAGAGGCUACAUAGUGGAGAAGCACAACACCACAGUCCAGAUCAGCAUCCCCUAUAAUGCUGAAGGAGGCUACAGAAAGAGCUUUGUGAAUGGUGACCUCUACGAGUUUUACGUCUUUAAUCUGUACUUUGAGCAAAUCUUGGUGGAUGAGGAUCAUGUAGAGACCAGGCUCAGAGUUCAAAGGAGACUGGCCACUCCCCUGCUGCCACGCCCAGUUUUCACUGAUAACCAAACCAUUAUUGAAGAAGGGCUGUUCACCAUCUACCUCGGAGAUCUCCCUGAAGACAUUGAGCUGGCUGCUGUUCAGCUGAACGAACAAGAAUUUACAGUGCCAUUUACAAAUGCAAGCAUGCACGCCAUUGCAAAAGUUGUUCAUCCCAACAACACCCAUGGCUACACUCUGAGGAUUCCUUUUGAUGACCCAGUUGUCAUACAUGAGUUCUCUAAAGAAGAUGCAGUUCUUCAGUACAGGCUGGAAAUCAAUUACACACUGACAAUGCUGCCUGAGAAGGAGCCUUUUUACCACCUGACAACUAUUGUGGCACUUUUCACAGAUGUCUCUCCUCCACAGUUUGAGGCUGUCUGUUCUGAGUCUGGCAUCAGAUUCAAACUGGACCGCCGGCCUUUUGACUACAUGUGGUACAUUAGUAUCGGCUCUGACCUGCUGACGUCAGAGCUGGCAGCCCAGCACGGCUACAUCAUGGCCAACGAUAGCCAAAGUCUGCUGCUUGAGGUGCCGCUUUUCACUAAUGGAUAUAAAUACAAGGACAUUACUCUGAAGGGAUUCCUUGGUACAUUUGAGAUCCUUGUGAGGGAUCAUGAAAGCUCAGAGGUCCAGAGUUCAACUGUCAAGACUUGUCCAUUCACUUCUACUGAACUUAUCGUGUGUUCGACUGAUGGGAGGGUGACUGUGGUGGCUGACUUGUCUCUGGCCAUCCCAAGUGGCAGGACCCCUGCUAGAACCAACCUCAUAGACAAAUACUGUGGCCCCAAAGAAGCAGACGACACCAGGGCUCUCUUCUCUUUUUCACUCAACAGCUGUGGAUCCAUAGUCAAGCUUGGCAAGGAAAAUGUGACGUAUCAAAAUGAGAUUUUCUACGGCAAGUACAUCAGUGUGAGCAAGGCAGCCUCUGCAGAGUCUACUGAGAAGGUGACAGUGCAGUGUACAUAUCCUCUGGCUGGUCUCCAUCGUCUCUUCUCAGUGUACAGGUUUGAGUCUGACGCAGCUGGCAUCGGCAGCAUCAUCCACACUACGCAGUCUACAGCAGAUCCACAGAUCCUGACCAUCAAGCCCACUACAGCACUUCAAACCACACUUGCUACCAAAAGACCAACCAGAAAACCUGUACCGUUCCUGCCUGCUGGCCACCUCCCUGCUCGCUACAUCAAAGUCUCUAGGAUUCAUAAUCUUAAUGGCCUGAAAAGGGGCUGAAGGAACAUCGCAAACCAAAGUAAAUGCUGUACAAAUUUGAAGUGUAUAUGGAAAAACUUGGAAUUUUAAAUAAAGUUGUUUUUGUGCUGUA